AUCGGAUCUUGAACUUGCGUUAUGUGGAUGGACUGGUGAGGAUGUGGUCCGCUUAAAAACCAAACAAUCUGACACUACAGCCCGUUAAACCGACAACAACCGGACAGCUGGUUGCUUCACGAGCCACCGAAAGGUAGACGAAAUCAUUUUGCCGACGACUUCAUACUUUUUUUGUGGAGGCCUGAGGAAAAACACACAAGCUAACGACAAGUAGCCACCAUGUCGUGGGAAGAAAUACCUUGUUUUCUGGCCUCGCCUCUGCUCUCGGCUCUGCCCCGUUUCUCUGCUCUCUGAUCCCGCUGGACGAAACGAGCACAGGUAACUUUCUCACGCAGCUGUCAAUGCCGUUGAGAGUCAGCUAGCCUCAGACAUUAGUCAACGCCAACGAUUUCACUGUAGCUUAACAUUAGUAGCUUGCGAGCCAUGGCGGACAGCUUUGGAGAGCAGUCCAGCGGCGGUGCCCUUGGCUUAGGCGUUACCGGACAGGGCAGCGGAGCUUCGCUGUUGCCGACUUUGGCUAACUCCCUGCCGGUAGGACACUCGACAGCCAGCGCUGCUCACUCCAGCACUAACCCGGCCUCCCCUCCUCCCGCCGCUGCGGCGCAGAGUGGCCUAACCGCUGUGGUGGCUCCGAUGUCCGCUGUCACCGCCACCCCAGCCGGUUUUGGGAAUACGUUCACCCCUGGCUCCUCACCACCCGCCGUGGCCGUGUCUCCGACCGUACACGCCUCCUCGCCUCUUCCCGGUGUUGGGCUUGGGGUCGGCGGGGUGGCAGGAGCGGGCCUCUUGUCCCAAAUCCACGCCACUUCCUGGGACCCGACCCUCAGUACGGACUGGGACAACGAGAAGGCUUCGCAGCAGUGCAUCCUGAGGAUAAAGAGGGAUAUCAUGUCCAUCUACAAGGAACCUCCACCAGGGAUGUUUGUUGUCCCUGAUCCUCAAGACAUGACCAAGAUCCACGCCCUAAUCACAGGGCCAUUCGACACACCGUACGAGGGAGGCUUCUUCCUCUUCCUGUUCCGCUGCCCCCCAGACUACCCCAUCCACCCACCACGGGUCAAGCUCAUCACCACUGGACACAACACUGUCCGCUUCAACCCCAACUUUUACCGCAAUGGCAAGGUCUGCCUCAGCAUCCUGGGGACAUGGACAGGCCCAGCAUGGAGUCCAGCUCAGAGCAUCUCAUCUGUCCUCAUCUCCAUCCAGUCUCUGAUGACAGAGAAUCCCUAUCACAAUGAACCUGGCUUUGAACAGGAGCGCCACCCAGGGGACAGUAAGAACUACAACGAAUGUAUCCGCCAUGAAACCAUGAGGGUGGCUGUGUGUGACAUGCUGGAGGGCAAAGUCCCCUGUCCUGAGGCUCUGUGGAGUGUGAUGGAAAAGUCCUUCCUAGAAUACUACGAUUUCUACGAGGGAGUCUGCAAAGAGAGAGUGCAUCUGCAGGGACAGAACAUGCAGGACCCAUUUGGCGAGAAGCGUGGUCGUUUCGACUACCAGGGCCUGCUGGCUCGCCUCAGCGCCACCCACAGGCGAAUACGGCAGAAAAGCCUGGCGGAGGACAACCACAAUGACGAGGACUCAGACUCAGACACCAGCUCCUCUGGCACGGACCCCGACAGCCAGGGCAGCUCCCAGCCCUGACUCCCCGCACGGUGCUGGUCUUAAAGCCAGACCAAGAACUAAAGACAAAGGGACUUUUUUUUUGUUUUGUUUGCAGUGGAGGAAUAAAGUCACAGAAGAGAAUUCAACGCGUACGUUUCAGGCUUUAGUGGGUUCAGGAUUGAAAUCAGGCUUCUGUUGUACGGAUGUUGCAGAGACAGAAGAAAUGGUAGUGCUCUCUUGGCAAUGAGAAAUAAACACCAUCCAGUCAAAUGCUGGCAAAUUUGGCCUGGAGUGGUGUGUUUGUGCUACAUCUGUAGCUAACCAGCGGUCAUUUUGAUGCUGUCAGUUUGAUUCUAAAAUACAAGUUGGCUGCCGAAAUUGCCUGUUAGAUUUUGAGAUUAACCAGCUAUUGUUGCUUGUGAAUAUAAAAGGUUAGACUCGUGGCUCAGACCUUUGACCACGCUGUAGGAACGGACAAAAAGCCCACAAGCCCAGGCAGAAGUCUAGUCAGGCUUGGGAGUCGAGGCAGGUUUGAGCCAAACAAAGGGACCUUGGCGAAAGUCAGGUGAUUGGCCUGAGUUGGCUGGAGCGGUCGAAGGCGAUGGAGUUCAUCAUAGCAGGCUCUCCUUCAAAGUAGAGCGUCUUCUUUGAAUUCUAGAGGGGAGGAAGGAAAGGCGGACCUUUAACAGUGGAGGCAGUUUUAGAAAGUUUGGACCAUUUGGCGAGGCUUUGCGGGUCUCGUGCCUUGUCUCCUCUGGUCAGGGUGAAGCCAUGCUGCAGCUCUUUCAGACUGGACCACAGCCGCCUCUACAACCAGGCCACAUAAACCAUCAGCAGCUCCUGAUUCUGAAUACAGUGAUUCCUGUGUAUUAUACAGAAACUUCUGCUUAGCUUUCAGUUCUGAUAGUGCUGUUGAAAUCUGUUUACCAGAUAAGAAGCCUUUAGAGAAAUGUCAGUUUCAUUGACAUUCACCUUUAUACCCUUUGCUAUGCUGUUUUCUCAUUGUUGUGCUGAAGCUAAUGCUAAUUUCCAGCUUGUAGGGUGCAUUGUUUUUUGGAAACCCUGCUGUUCACUGGGUCGCUGGGUCUUGUGAUUAACCUGUCAAGAUACAAUCCAAACCAUCCCAUGCUUCGGCUAGAUCCACCCAGGCUCGGGAAGAGGGGGGGGGGCUAAUGAAGGCAAGCAAACGUGACUUCCCAUGUGUUCAUACUGCAGGUAACUCAGUCACUCUGCUCUGUCUGACAGGGCUUGACCAAAGGCUUUGGUUUCAUCUGGACAGAGGAGGCAAAUCAAGCUGUUUUACUGCUUUGGCAUUGUUCUCUACAUUAUUUGAUUUAAUACUUCAAGAUGGCAUCUGCUAAGCAGCUUUUUGAUGAAAAUAAACAGAUAAGCCUUCUGCUGAGCUGAUAUUCAUUUGUGUGAGUUUGAAAUCUGAUCAGCCACACUUUGUUUUGUCUGCACGCACACAGGCCAAGUGUCACCCAUCCAUGACACAUGAAACAAAUAGACGUGGUGACAGCAUUGUAUGCAGUGUGAAUACAGUGAGGGGUGAUAUCUUGGAAAAGAAGAGAAGGGAGCAGAGAAAACCCCCCCACAAGAAUAGGUUUUGGACUCCCUCAAGUCCAUCUUAAUACCACCGUCUCAUAUGCCUGUAUGUACACUGGAAGUGUUAUUGAUUGUUACAGUCAUCCCUUCUGAGACCCUUUUCUAGCUGGACUUGACUGUAAGAAAUGGGGAAAAGCCUACACUUCAUGUAAAGCUGUGGCCAGCAGCUGGUUAGUUUAUCUUAUCUUAGCAUAAAGAAUUGAAACAGGAGGAAUCAGUUCUGUUGUCUCUGUCCAAAGGUAAAAAAAAAUCCACCUGCCAGCACCUCUAAAGUUCAAUGAUUCACAUGUUCUGUCUCGCUUGUUUCAUCUGUACAAAGUCAAAGUGGAAAAUGACACUUCGUCACAUUACGGGGGGUUUAUAUGCCAAGAAAUAGUCCACUACACAGCCCCAUGUAAAACCAUAAAAUGUUGUUUUUGUACAAAAUAUACAUACAAGAUAUUACAUGUUCGUAUUAGAGGGGAUGGUACAUGGCUUUCGUCACAUUUGGACAGAGGCAGGCAAACUGUUUCCUCCUCUGUCCAGCCUUUGUGCUACGCUAAGAUAGCUGGCUAAUGGCUAUAGCUUCAUAUUGAACAGACAUGAGAGUGGGAUGAAUCUUCACAUACUCUCUACCAGAAAAGGAAUUGGUGUAUUUCCCAAAAUGUUGAAAUGCUCCUGCAAGCCCAAAUGCGGGCUCUAAACUUUAGCAUACAUCCCUUCUUAUACUGUUUUCAAGAGGCUUUCAUGUUGAGACAGUGUGCAGACAAAAGAGUGACUGUUCUUGUUGUGUAUCCUUUCUGCCUUCCAUUGUCCUCCGGUCUGCCUUUAGCCCUCUGCAGCCAUAAUGAUGGAGAGGGGGCAGUUUGCUGUCAGUGUUUUGUCAAACCCUGGUCCUCUGGCAGGGGUUAGGUUGCUAAAGAUUCAAAUGGGAUCACUAAUAUAGGGCAUUCCUUUUUAUUUGUUUUAUUAUGUUAUAGAAUGGUUAUAUGAGAAGCAACUCCUCGCAGAAUAUAUGUGAUUGCCAAAAUGUUGAUUGCAACACACUUCCUGAAGUGGAAGUGAAGAAAUCCUAUUCCUGUUUGGUUGUGUUGUGUUGUGCUUUAAGCAGGGUUCUUCUGUGGCUCUAUGAAGCCUGGAUUACUGACAGAAGCGAUUAUUUCCAGCUCUUGAAAAUGUUGGUAUUGUACAGAAGUUCUGGAAAAAUACAGAAUAAAAUGUUGUUCAGUCCUGA